AUGAAGGCAGCCUUGUGCUUGCUUCUUGGCCUUGCGGCUCUUGCCGCCGGCCAGGAUACUGUGACGACCAUUGGUAACAUGGGUAUCAAGGACCGUCAGAUAUUCAUUUGGAAGCUUCUGAACCAUAUUCUAGAACCAGUUGCAUACAAAGAUAUAAUUGACAUUGGCACUAAUUUCAAAAUUGAAGACAGUAUGGAAUUGUACUCCCGACGAGAUGUAGUCAAAACAUUCCUCAACAACUGGAAAUUUGGCUUUUUACCUCGUGGCGAAAUAUUCACUCUUCACGUUGACCGUCAAUUGAAAGAAGUUGUCACCAUGUUCCAUAUGCUAUACUACGCCAAGGAGUUUGAGACUUUUAUAAAAACCGCAUGCUGGAUGCGUCUCCACCUUAACGAAGGUAUGUUCGUUUAUGCUCUGACUGUAGCUGUCAGACAUCGUGAGGAUUGCAAGGGAAUUGUUCUUCCACCGCCUUAUGAAAUCUACCCUUACUACUUCGUGCGUGCCGACGUCAUCCAAAAAGCUUAUCUGCUUAAAAUGAAGAAGGGUCUAGUCGAUCAAAAAUUGUGCGACUUUUAUGGAAUAAGAAAGACUGAGAAAGAUGUCUACAUUAUUGAUGAAAAUGUAUAUGAUCGUCGCGUCUACUUGAGUGAUGAAGAUAAACUCAGAUACUUUACAGAAGAUAUUGGCCUUAAUACAUACUAUUACUAUUUCCAUGUCGACUACCCAUUCUGGAUGAAAGAUGAUGUUAUAAACAAUAAGGUCGGGUUCAGACGGUGGGAGCUUACGCUUUAUGUAUACCAACAAAUCCUUGCUAGAUACUAUUUGGAACGUUUGUCGAAUGAUCUUGGCGAUAUUACUACUUUCGCUUGGUAUAAACCAGUUAAGAAAGGAUACUGGCCUUGGAUGAUUCUUCAUAACGGUGUUCACUUGCCUCCCAGGCUUAACAACUUUGAAUUCAAAGAUAAGAAGAACACUGAAGUUAUGAAUCUUGCCCAAGAUUACGAGAGGCUUAUUAAUGAAGCUAUAAUUAAAGGUUACGUCGAGAUAAAUGGAAUGAGAUUAGAGCUCACUAAGAGUGAAGACAUAGAAAUGUUAGGAAAACUUAUUUAUGGUACAAUCGACAAAAUUAACAUUACUAAAAAUCAAGUGGAUGCUUACCGCUACCUCCUUAUUUUAAUGAAAGCUGCUGUUGGCCUCAACACUGUACAUUCAGAUAAGUAUUUCGUUAUGCCAAGCGUUCUUGACAACUACCAGACAGCACUUCGUGACCCCGUCUUCUAUCAGCUACAAAAACGUCUAUCUUACUUCUUAACUCUCUUCAAAAAUCGUCUUCCCAGCUACACACGAGAAGACUUCUCAUUCCCAGGAGUUAAGAUUGACAAUGUUGUAGUCGAUAAACUCGUAACAUAUUUUGACGACUAUCUCAUGGAUAUGACAAAUGCGGUAACACUUACUGAUGAUGAACUUAAAAAGACUAGAUCUGACAUGGUCUUCUUCGUUCGCAAACGCCGUCUCAACCAUGAUCCAUUCAAAGUAGUUCUCGACAUUCAGUCUGACAAGGCCGUUGACUGUGUGGUCAGAAUGUUCUUGGGUCCUAAAAUGGACCACUUAGGACGAGUAAUAGAUCUUAACAAGAACCGACACAACUUUGUUGAAAUUGACUCUUUCCUAUACAAGCUUAACACUGGCAAGAACACUAUUGUCAGACAAUCUAUUGACAUGCACAACUACGUUCGUGAUCGCAUCAUGACCCGUGAUUUCUGGAAGAAGAUUGAUACAAUCAACGACAUGAAGGAUCUUUUUACAAAGGAUCUCAGAAACUAUCGUACCGGUUUCCCAAUUAGGUUGCUGUUGCCUAAAGGUAAAGUUGGCGGCAUGAAGAUGUUACUGUACGUCAUUGUUACACCUCUAAAAUUAGUGGAUAAUGUUGAUCCCAAUAUCUUAGAUACAACAAAAAAAGAUAUGGUAUGGAACUUUAGAUCUACUGUUUUACUGGAUAAGAUGCCUCUUGGUUUCCCAUUUGACCGUCAUAUUGAUCUGACUAAAUUCUUCACCGCCAACAUGAAAUUCUUGGAUGUUACAAUCUACCACAAGGUGGAUGUCUGCGACAUGAAGACUCGUUGGAAUAGGUACGUCCUGAGAGACUACAACUUGGAAGACAAGACAUAUGAUGAUCGUAUGUACACAAAUGUAGACAUCAAUAUGAAAGUUGACCAUAACGUAAAUGUUUAUGAUUUGUAAGGACCACGAAAAAUACAAACGGUACAGAGAAAUAUAUUUAUAUAAUAAAUGAUUUAAUCAACUAA